CCCCGCAGUCAGGAAGCUAUGUUGGCUAUGAUAACGGAAGUCCUCGUUCAUGUGGCGAAGCUCGCUUUUCAAGUAUGCCAUGCGAUGACUCUCGUCGGCCCGAAGCAUCUUAUGUCUACCCCAGCGUCUACCCUUCUGGUGAUGUCUCCUCACAGAGCCAAUCAAGAACUUCUUCUGCACACGAUUUCGAAACAUACUCGCCCUCUGAACAUAUAUCGGUAUAUAGUCGAUAUUCGGGGCAUUCCAAUCGUACAAGUACCACCGUGAACGUUGCUACCUCGUACGAUGCAUCUGUCACAAGCGCCUACGAACUACACGACGCAUAUUCGUCAACUUCUACUUACCACCGUCCAUCUUCGUCACGCAUUGGGACCGUUUGUUCAAGCUCUGGAGCUCCCUCAAUCCUAAGCACACCAAGUCACACCUCACCAGGCGUAUUCUCUUCCGAUCGGGCAGUUACAGCCUCACUCCCUAUGCGUUUCCGCCCAGUUUCUAAUGUAUCGGAGACAAGGAUGAACGAAGAAGUGCUUCCCGAAACCUUUGUCGUAUCUCCGUUCCUCCGCCCUAAUCCCCCCGUCAUCUUCGAUGUUACACGUCCCCUCAGAAGUAUCAGAACGGAUAGUAAUGCAAGGGGCAUCGGAACAAUGUCUGACCCUGCGACCUCACCUCCUAUACGAUCCGGCUACCUGGUUUUAAAGUUCUCGUUUCCCGGUCUUCGGGUUGAAGACAAUUUGCUUCAAACAUGUGUGGUUUCCCAACAUCACAGCGGCCACGACCGAAUACUAUCAGUCUGGGAUGUAUACGCCGCUAUUUCGGCUUUCCUUGGGGAAAAUAUCCCGAAGGAAACUUUGAUUAGGUUACUUCAGGCAAGCAAUGGUAAGGAAUCUCGAAGGGCGGAAAGAAGAGGGAGACCGGAUGUUCGUUGGAUCGACGUGUUAAAGGACGGUACGUUGUUUUUCGCUCUCAGGAUAGUGGGACUUAGGAGAGGUACGUAUGUUAUUGCUGAAGUUGAUCUCCGACAGCCAUAA